AGUGUCCUGAGGAGCUGCCCACAUUCCUCGCUCACUCUUAGGCCUGUGGUACCUGGAUUCACCAGGGAUACUUGGCUCAGGAAGCACCAGACAACCGCGGCACCCUGGGUUGCAGACCUACCCACUUGGAGUGUUCCAGCAGGUGUUGGAAGUGAGAGGGCUGGGGUGGUUUGGGGAGGGGCCUGGUGAGGGCCCUUGAGGUCCAGGUGGCAGCUCCUGAUCCUGAGAUGCAUGUGACCUGGAAGUGGUCCUAGAGAGAAGCAGCCCAGGCCUGAGGUCUCUGCACCACAAUCUUGAAAGUCCACCAUGGGGUCUGCCUGCUUUGCACCCCCAGGACCACCUGGCCAGGAGCUCCAGUGGCCCAGCCAUUUGUGCGGUUGCUGUUGGCUUGGCUCUGCACCCUGCCAAGCCAGUGCCCACAGGCUCUCCCCAGGUUCCUCUCACUCCACGGGGGGCUCUGAGGUGGAGGCUGCGGGAGGAGGUGUUGAAACCAAAGGGGUAUGGCCCACUGGGCCUGGACUGCCGCUGCCCUGUGAGCCUGUGUUAAGCUUCCCACUACCCUGACAUCCAGCAGGUGGUCAGGCCCGGGGUUCACUACCCCAGAGAGACCAGCUGGGGAGGUGGGGCUGGUGGCCAGACUGGUUCUUCGGGAACCUGGGAUCUGGAGGGAGUGGUCCCACUGUGGGCACCCUCCCAUAGGGAGGGGCACUUAGUAUCCAGCUGCUGGCAGGUCCAGUACUGGGGUCAGAAGGGACAGGGACGUGCCAGCAGGUAGGAAGGCCAGCUUGGGAUGGGGGUGGGGAGUCUGUCCCUGGCCCCUGUUCUGGGCUUCCGUCCUCCCCUGUGCUGCAGGCCACCUAUCAUGAUGCUUUGGUGUUCUCAGCCACUCCUUGGAGUCCCCUGUGACACCCAAAGGGUCUGCCCAGUUCUGGGGGUCCCUACCUCUGCUCCAGUCCAUGUCGGCUCCUCCUUGGAUCCCCAUUCCUAGUCUCUCCUGAAGUCAGGUCCCCUCAGCUCCCGUCUCCGGGGCCUUCCCCAAAUCUCCAGCCUCAGGAUCUGCCGUGUUGCUGGGCCUCUCUGGUCCACCCCAGGGUCCAAUGCCCUGCCCGAGGCCGCCCUGGCUCCGCCGCCCGCGGGCCCCUCGGGGCCCCGGCGCCAACUCCCCGAGCUCGCCCUGCGCAUCCCGCUCCCCGUGCAGGGGGCAGGACGAGGACGGGGACGGGGACGGGGACGCCAGCCCGGGCUCGGGCCCCAUCCUGGCCCCCGCGUCCCCCGGGGAGUGCCUCAUCUGCGUGUCGCCCUUCGACGGCGUGUUCAAGCUGCCCAAGCGCCUGGACUGCGGCCACGUCUUCUGCCUCGAGUGCCUGGCCCGCCUGUCCCUGGCCACGGCGGGCGGCGGCGACGCGGUGGCCUGCCCGGUGUGCCGCGCGCCCACGCGCCUGGCCCCGCGUCGCGGGCUCCCCGCGCUGCCCACGCAGCCCGGCCUGCUGCCCCGCGCCGCCCGCGCGCCGCCGCCGCGCCAGGGCUCCGUGCGCUUCGACCGCCGCCGCGGGCUGCUCUACCUGCGCCCGCCGCCGCCGCCGCCGCCCGGGCCGCGCAAGGCCCGCGCCGCGCGCCCGCCGCCGCCGCCGCCACCGCUGCGCCUCGGCCGCCCGCUGUCCCGCCGCCGGGCGCUGAGCAGUCCGGCCUGGGCCUUCAACGCGGCCGUGGCGCUGGCCGCGCUGGUGGCCGCGGGGCUCGUGGUCUCGGGCGUGUACAUCUUCUUCCUCGUGCCGCGCGCCGCCGCCCCCGGCCCCGCGCGGCCCCAGCUGGUGGCGCUCGCGCCGGCGCCCGGCGUCUCCUGGCCGCCGCCGCGCCCCGCGGGCCCUGACCUGGACGCCGCCCCGCCGGGGGCCGCGGAGGGCGCGCGGGCGCUGGAAGAGGACCUCGAGGACCCAGGGUCGGCGGACAGGCCCUCGGACCGCACGGCGACGGCAGAGGCUGGCCCCAGUCGGGCCGCGCGGGCGCGACACAGGAGGAGGGCGCGGGGGUCGCGCUGAACGUCCCCGGGCGGCAGGCCCCAUCUCCAGGCCCGGGGACCUCGUGUCAUCCGGGUGGGCCCUGCCAGGACCACUCGCUACGACCCAGUGGAGGCCUGGGCAGGGCACCAUGGAUGACAAGCACCCAUUUCUCCAGCGGGUCAUUUCCGGCAUCACCAUCCGUGCAGAGACCCUCUUAAGGAGCACCCUUCACCCCCAUCCUUGUGGGCAUCCGGCUGAAGGUACCUGGUCCCCAUCUUUGUGAAGCUACUGCUGGGAGGCCUUCCUGACUUUUGAGGUCCGAUUGGGGGUACCCUUGACUCUCACCUCUUGUGGGAGUCCAGCAGGGGAGCGCAUCUGACCAAUCUGUACAGAUCCUGCUUGGGGCACCCCCACCCCGGUCCUCACAAGGAUCCUACCAAAUGCACCUCAGUCACGGGGGGAGCGCCCCUUGGCUGGCACCAGGGGCUGAAGGCUCUGAUUUACUCAUCUGGGCUCAUCACAAGUGCUGGUGUUCCCCUUCUUUGAGGAGCAAAUCUGCUGCUGCUGUUAUCCCCAGGCGACGCCCACCUGAUGGACCCCUCGCAGGGCUGACGCCGCCCCCAGGCCGUGGAGUUUGUUUUCCACUCUGCUGCCUGCAGGCUGGCCCUGGGUGGGAUCCUGCCAUCUCCGUGCUGGUCCUGGGUUACCACCCUGCAUACCCGGCUAGGGCUCGGGCCUGAAGAAACAGUGUGCUUUGGCCAGGGCAGGGGAUCAACAGACCAAGCCUGAGACUCAGAGACUGGUUCCCAUCUGAGUACCAACCUCCCCUACGGGCUGUGGUUUCUGGGGUCCUCCUAAUAUGCUGUGGGGCAGCUAUGCUCACCACCAGGGCUGUCUUCUGGGUUAGACAGUGUCAUAUGACUGUGGGUGUCACUCCUGGGUGUCCCUAGCUUGCCCAAGGGAUCUUGGCCCCUCUCCCCAGUGACUGGAGCCCUCAUCCCCCCAUGUCCACUUACUAGUUUCUCAGGGCCAGUUACUGCCCCUUCUCCAUCAGCCUGUGGUGGUACACCUGUUGGGCCCCCAGUGAAGCCUCAGCCCUUUCCUGUGGACAGCAGCCUCCAGGGAGGGCAGCUCUUGGGUUCCUGUCCUUCCCCCCUCUCUGAAGCCUUCCUGGUUAGUCACAACAGGGUGGAUGGCUGCUGCCUUCCGCACAAACUGAACACAGGCUUUCUGUCGUUCCCCAGGCCCUGGAGCUCCCAUCCGGCCUCACUUUGCCCAGGGUUGGGGUGCUGUGUCUUGUGGAUGGGAAUUCAGCAUUUUCCAGACUUUCUAUGGGUCUGGAGGUGCUUGUUUGAUUUGUUUACAUGUGUGUUCUCAGUGCCUGGCAAACAGUGGGUGCCAAAUAGUUUCCUAGGGAGUGACAGCAUUGCAGGCGACCAAGAGGCAGCCUGGGAAUGCCUGUGGGCACCUUAGGCUCACCCAGCUCCCAGCCACCCUGACCUAGGAAUAUCAGCCGUAUGCCUUAUGGCACGAGCUUCCAUGGGGGAAGCUGAGGGUGGAACGUCAGGGUGUCCAAGCGACUGUCUUCUUAGACCAGUUCUUGUCCCACCUCCGAGAGCUGAUGUUACUCACAGGGUCCUGGGUCCCUGUGCUGGGUCACUGGGCAGCCACAGCCCAGCUUUGUAGGGAGGGGACCCAGUCAGACAGGAGCAGGGUGGGUCGUCUGUAUUAGUUUUGUCUGGCUGCUGCAACAAAUUACCAGAAAAGCUCUGUUCCUUAGAAUAACACACAUUAAUUAUCUUACAGUGCUGCGUGCUAGAAGUCUUGAAAUCAGUUUCACCUGGCUGAAGGCCAAGUGUCUGGAAGGCUAGUUCCUUCUGGAAGCUCUAGGAGAGAAUUCAUCUCCUUAACUUCCCCACCUUCUAGAGCUGCAUUCAUUGACUUCUUCCUCCAUCUUCAAAGGCAGCAGAGUAGAAUCUUCAUAGCUCUUUGCCUCUUUCACUUAUAAGGACACCGUGAUUACAUUGCACCCACCUGGAUAAUCCAGGACACUAUCCCCAGCUCCACACUCUUAAUCACAUUUGCUAAAUCCAUUUUGCCAUGUAAAGGAACAGAUUCACAGAUUCCAGGGAUUAGGAUCUGGACAUCUUUGGGGGCCAUUAUCAGCUUAUCAGAUAUCCCCUUCUCAUCUCUUCCUCCCCCACUCCAGGCUAGGAGUGGGGACCUGGCAGGGUAGUCAGAAAGAGGCCCUUGGCUGGUGCGCAGAGAGGGAGAGAUGAUGCUCACUGCCUGAGGUGUUCAAGGAAGCCUGCCUGGAGAAAGAGACCUCAGUGCUGUAUCUUCAAGGAUGCUCAGGGAAAAUGGCUGGCAUGGAGCAAGAUGGUAGCUGUAGGCAGUGGGCAGGAUUGGUCCCUCCCUCCCUGUGCAGCUGGCUUCCUCCUAGGGACUAAGGGGAAGCAUGUCUUCUCAACACUCCCAGAGAGAUCCUGAGGCCCGAGACUCUCCUCUCAUAACGAGGCUGAUGACAGAGCCCAGGGGUCGCUGGGCAUCCCUGUCUGCUGAUUUGAACAAAAGAGCAGCCGGAAACCACCCCGGGGCCAGGAUCAUGGGGGAUUCCUCUCCACCUUUGCCUACCAGCCUCUGGGGCCACCAGAAGCUGUGCCCUCCCAACCCUCCCUCUGCCCCUUCCAUCCUUGCUGGACACCCCACCGCCCACCUGCCCCAGGCUUGCUCCUCCCAGUCCCCAGUGCCUGUGAACCCCCGGGGGAGGGGGUCAGCUUCAGUGUCUGGUACGGUGCCGCAGAGGCCUGUACCAGCCAGAUUUGGGUUCUCUUCUAUAAAGUGGACGACAGUAAACUCUCUACUUGCAGGGAGAUUUCAUUCCUCCACAGUAUUACUGAGCACCCACUGUGUACCGAGGGCACCUCAGGAACACCAGGGGGCUCACAUGGAAGAUGAUGUACAGAAGGCUGGGUAGAGGGCCCAGCCACAGUGCCUCCCUGCCACGCUCCUGGACCCUCCAACCCCCCAAACUUUUCCCACAUCCUCCUCCAGCUCUCCUGGAGAGAGGGGUGCCAGGUUCUUCAUUCUACGAGGAUCUGGCCAGCCUCUCUCCUGCCCACACCACACCCGUCCUUGGCCAUUGGGGCAUUCACUUGGGUUCAGGCGUUGAGACCGAGGGAACAAGGACCACGGGAGGCCCUCGUUGAACCGUGGAAGCCGCAAUGUCCAGAUUGACAGAUGGGGAAACUGAGGCUGAUGGGCUGGGCAGGGCGCGGAUUCGAACCGGGGACAGAGAACUUUCUGCAAGGCACUUUCUCCCCUCAACUCCACGCCCUGGCCGAGCAGCCUAGAUUUUCCCUCCCCUUUCCCUCGGCCCGUAGCCGCAGGCCCUGGAGCCUCAGUUUCCAGAAGCAGAGUCUUCCCUCUUUAACAUCCCCUGCAGACCAGGCGAUGAAAGCGAGAUUGUCAGGAAGGCUGACCAAUCGGAGCCCGCAUUCCGAACCGGAGGCGUGACCCGCUGCUAUAGCAACGGGGCCCUCUUAGAGCUGUGCACUCUUCUUUCACUUCUCAAAGACGGUGGACGGAGCAGGGAAGGUGCGUCAGAACUGAUGGCCACUCAGAAGCCAUGGCGACCUUGCACACCUUUGGCACGCCGCGCGGUAGAGGGGCGUGCGAGUCUGGCGUAGGGGGCGUGCUAUAGCUGGUGGCCAAUCAGGGGCCGGAAACCAGCGUUGUUAUGACGACCACAAUUCUGGAGCGCUUCCCGCAACCCCAGUUGCCAGGCAGCAGCAAGGAAAAGUGGACAGCAAACAAAAGAUCCAGUAACUUCAGAU